UAGGGGGAUAAAGAGGGAAAGGGGAAAGAGAGAGGGAGGGAAGAACACAGCUGCUGUGUGAAGGGAGAAUAUAGAUAAAGGAAAGAAAGGAGGUGUACUAGUGUGAAGGCUGAGGAGCACAACCAAGGCUGGAGGGGAUAGGACAGAUAAAUGAGACCAGGAAAGACAAACAAAAAGGCUAACACUGAAGGAAAAAGACCAACUUUAAGCGGAACAAAGAAGAAAACUAACGAAAACAAAGAUCGAUUCUACAAUUUUUAGAACAUCCCACUUAUGGCCAGGAUGAAGGGGCAACAGAAGAGGAGACACGUCCUUUGAGGAAGGAGGAACUUCCACUCAAAAGGGGGCUGUUGUUUGAAACCCCGGGACAAGACAAUUUCUGAAAUCAUGAUUUAUUCACCAGAAUUCCCAAAGUCAAACAACCUGCGGAGUAAGAGCUAUUUCGUCCCAGGAUAGAACGAAGACAGGAGAGAAGUUAAACCUGAGCAGUCUGUGAGAUCUUCCUUCUCCUCCUCAUCCUCACUCUCUUCACCUUUCACUCCCCUCACUUAUAACCCCCUAUCCUUAAGACCACCUUCCUCAACUGCCCCUUAUAACCCCUCACCUCACUUCUCCGUCUCCUCACUAUGUGGAGAUCAGCAUUGCUCCUAUGGAUACUUAAUAUUGCCACCUUGUGUUCAGGACAGGACUACGCAGACUAUUACUCCCCUGGAGACAUGGGAACCCAGUCUCCAGUGAUGUCAGAUGAGCAGCCCAGUUUUGAGACGGUAAAAAGUGUGGAUCAGCUCCUACAGCUUUUGUAUCCUGAAUACAGUUUACUUCAGCACUGCCUGAGGAAGAAGUCAUGGCAGUCCUCUUCCCCGACCUCCUCUUAUGUUUCCAGCACCUCAGCGAGCCCUUUGGCCCACACUGGUGAUGAUGACCUGUGGGGUCGACCGAGACAAGAGGCUCUCUAUAAAGUGGAUGGGACUUUAGGAGUCAUCCUCGAGGAGAUCCAGAAGACCUCCUGCCAGCCCAGAGAAGUGUGCAUCGAGGUGGCUAAAGAAUACCCAGAUUCCACCAGUCAGUUCUACCUCCCUCGAUGUGUUGCACUGCACCGCUGUGGUGGAUGCUGCACCAAUGAGGCCUUUUAUUGCACAAACACUAGCCACUCGCUUGUAAACAAAACACUGAUGGAACUAUCUCCUCCCAAAAUGGACCGCACAGUGGUCAUGGUAACCUUUGUCAACCACACUUCCUGCGAAUGUAUGUCCAAGCGACCGCUCCAUUCCAUCAUCAGACGAGCUGCAACCAGUCGGCUGUGCUCUCCACCAGAAGUGCCCUGCACCUCAGGGUCAUUGUGGGAUUCGGUGAACUGUAUGUGCGUCCCCAUGAUGGCUAUAAACUACUCUGAGAGAGAGACAGAUUCGGGUCUCCUGGCCCUCUGUGGGCCAAACAGGGUUCUUCAGGAGUCCACGUGUGAAUGUGUGUGUCGGAAUGGACUCACUAAGGACAGCUGUGAUCCUGGAUGGAAACUGGACCACAAUACCUGUGAAUGUCAGUGUGAGGGCCAGAGUGAAGGGAAGUGGUGUCCAACCGGUCAACGCUGGGACAAUGAGUUAUGUGGCUGCGUCUGUGCUGCCAACUGUCCUGGAAAUCAGCCACUGAAUCCUGAUACAUGUCAGUGUCAGUGCAGAGAGAGUCCACAGUCCUGUCUAAGGCAGGGCAAGAGGUUCAACGCCAACACCUGCAGCUGUUACAGGUUGCCCUGCAGGAAGCCAAGGAGAACGUGUCCGACGGGGUUUUACUACAGCCACCAGGUGUGCCAGUGCAUCCCCAACUACAUGAGGCCCGAGUGGAAUUAAACAGACUGAAGAUUCUGCUGUGGUUUGCUGGGCCCUGACCCAAAAACGGGUACUUUCUAUCCUGCAAACGAGGAAGGACUGAAAGAAUGAACUCCACAUUCCUAGUUUUUGCAUUACAGCAGACUAACUUUUUGGACGCGAAACUGCUGUAUAUCUCUACAUAGCCAGAACAUGAUGGACUAUUGAGGAGUCUGUGUUCCCACAGCAAGUUGUAGCCAAAUCAAGGAAUGUCAAACUGCUGCAAAGUGUGAGAAACUAGAAAAUCUGAAGGAAUAACUACAGUCAUUUCAGCAACAAUGAGUCAUGACGUUGUUUGGAAUGUGGGACGACACAAUUUGUGCAAAAAAAAAAGUAGAAAUG